AGGGACACCACACUCGUGGUUGUUUUGAAUAUCAUCGCAACAACUGAUGUCAUCUGUCGAAGAACAACAGGGUGAUAAACCUAUCCAACCUAAAAUUGGUAUAAUAUAUCCUCCACCUGAAGUAAGGAAUAUCGUCGAUAAAACGGCCAGUUUUGUAGCACGUAAUGGUCCAGACUUUGAAUCUCGUAUUCGUCAAAAUGAAAUCAGUAAUCCAAAGUUCAAUUUUCUGAAUCCGGCUGAUCCAUACCACGCAUAUUAUCAACACAAGGUUCGAGAGUUUGCUGAAGGGAGAACACCAGAACCUGCUGCUCUAAAAUUAACUAUUCCUAGUGCUGCUCGUCUUGCUCAAGAUACUCCAAAAUCAAUUCAGGAAACAUUUACUCCGAAGGAUCCACCAGCCGAAUUUGAAUUUGUUUACGAUCCACCUUCUAUUAAUGCAGUUGAUAUUGACAUAAUAAAACUUACAGCACAAUUUGUUGCAAGAAACGGUCGACAAUUUUUAACUCAGUUAAUGAGUCGAGAACAGAGGAAUUAUCAGUUUGACUUCCUCCGUGCUCAGCACAGUAUGUUUGGUUAUUUUACAAAACUUGUGGAACAGUACACUAAAAUCUUGAUACCACCUAAAAAUGUUAUUUCGAAAUUGGAGGACGAGUUAGAGAAACCGAAACAACUGCUUGACGACGUAAAAUAUAGGGUUGAAUGGCAUAAGUAUCAAGAACGUCAACGUAAGCGUGAAGAGGAGGCUGCAGAACGUGAACGUGUGGCGUACGCAAUGAUUGAUUGGCACGACUUCGUGGUUGUUGAAACAGUUGACUUUCAACCAAGCGAAGCAGGCAAUUUCCCUCUACCGACUACUCCUGAUGAAGUUGGAGCACGCUUACUGGCCGAAGAACGUGGUCUUCAGCCUCCUUUGAAGCCCUCAGCCCCUCCACCCCCCGGUUCACUUGGAUUAAUGCCAACUGAUAUAGAUGAUGAUACAAGUGAUCAGGAAUUAGAUGAAUCAGAUGAUGAAAAUGAAGCUUCUGGAUUUUCUCAACCUAAAGGCCGAGAUCUGGUCAAUCAUAGCCCUCUUCCAUAUCCCGAUGAAACAGAAAAGCUGGUUAGUGAUGAUAUCCCAACGCCACCUGUUACUAAUAUGACUGGUAUAGCUGGAGAAGAUGAUAUGGAGUUAUCAGAUGAUGAGAAUAUUGCCGAAGAACCGGUUCAACAAACAAAAUUAUCAACAAAACAGGUACCAUUGUCUUCUGAUCAAGUCAUUAUUCGACAUGACUACGAUCCAAAAGCUACAAGUAUUAGAAGAGCAGAGGAUUCUGUGCUUUUAGUAUCACCUUUCACUGGCGAGAAGAUUCCUGCCAACCAAGCUCCGAAACAUAUUAAGGUUGGGCUACUCGAUCCUAAGUGGGUUGAACAGCGUGAUCGAGAGGUUCGCGAGAAACGUGACCAAGAACAAGUUUAUGCUGCGGGAAAUCUGAUUGAUAGUAGCUUGAAGCAGCUUGCUGAGCGUCGUACAGACAUUUUCGGUGUAGGAGUUGAUGAAAUUCAGAUUGGCAAGAAAUUAGGAGAACAAGAAAUAGUCAAGUCUGAUAAAUUAAUUUGGGAUGGUUACUCUGCUACUACAGAUGUUGUUGCCAAAAGAAACUUAGAAGCGGUUACUGUUAAAGAUAAUCUGAAUUUAUUAGAGUUUCAACAGAAAUUGGAUUCUGCUCGCGAUAAAAUUGGUCCUCAAAGUGGAGUGCUCCCUGCUCUGGGCAUUAUUCCUUCGGUACUUCAUAAGCCGACAAUAUUGUUGCCACCACCAUCAAUACAAGGUGGAGUUACACAACCUCCACCGCCCCCACCUCCUCCUGGUCUUGUAAUGCUUUCCAGUGCGCCGCCGCCAUUACCACCAGGUCUGUUUCCACCCGGGGUGCCACCUCCACCCGGCAUAGCUAUGCCGGGUUUCAUGCCUCCACAUCCACCCAUCCCACCACCACCACUCCCCCCCCCGACACCUGAUAAUGAUGGAGAACCGGAAGCAAAAAGACCGAGAGAAUAGUUGGGUAAUAUUGGUCAAUAAGUGUGCUUUUGCUCUUGUACCUUUGUGUCAACUAGCUACUAUCUCAAAUAUAUUUUCCCAUGUUUCAACGGUUUUAUAUUGAUUUGUUAUUCUUCGUUAGUGUUUUUCAGAGUGGUCUUUGAUAUGCAGUUACUCGUUGCGAUAUGCUGUAUAUAUUGUAAACAAUGUAUAAUAACGAAUUCACAGUGAUACACUACUUCAUUGAUUGUCAGUAGUUCAAAAUAAUCCGUAUUAAAAGUAGAAAGAUUCACUUUUUAUUUGUAUGGGAUGCAAAUCCAAAGAUGCCAUAAACUUAAUGAUUAGUUUCUACCGUCGUCCUUACAUGGUAUUUCCAUCAAACUUGUGUAUGUUUGUUGUGUCAGUCUGUCGUUUGUGAGAUACUUCAUUCAAUUAUCAGACUCCACCAGCUCCAUCUAUGAUAUAAUUAAGUCAACUAAAUUGUUAUAUUUUCAUGAUGAAGUAAUUGAAGGUAUUGUGUAGUGUGAUAAUGUUAAGAUGCUUUAUUAAGGUGAAUAAUAAUACACUGAACACUUAGUCUAGAUUUUGAGAAAUAGAUUGAAAAAGUCCAAUCCUGAAGUGCGCCCAUUGCUCUUCAAGUUUCACCGAUUGUAUGGUAUUUUUUGAAGAACAUAAUGGGCAAACGUUAAUGAUUGAUCUAACUACGAAUGCUAUUGAUUGUACGACUGAUUCUGGCAGUAUCUCGAAAGUCUACGUUAAACUUGUGAUUUUGUAUGUGUACUGAAUCAAAUCGUAUCGUUUGUAGAAGUUUACUCCUUAGUUAGAAUUCAACUGUGUUCACUUGAUUUUUUUCCUAGCAACAUCUAGUAUUUUUAAAAAGAAUAUAUUACUUAGUUAUACUAUCAGAAAAGUCUAAUAUAUUCUAAGUAAGUGCAACGAUGUCCACGGACUCAAACCAUUUAAACUCUGCCCUGGGAGUAGAAAGAAUAAUUAUGACAUCUCAUGAUGAAAGCCGAGUUCCUUCGGAAGUUAUGAGGCCGAUGCACCUUCUUACAACCAGAGCGACAAUUUUUAUAGGUAAAUGGAAUGUCCGAACAAUGUGGGAGACCGGAAGAGUCUUCCAAAUUGCUGCAGAAAUGAGAAAAUACAACCUGGAGCUGCUUGGAAUCAGUGAAACACAUUGGACGCAGGUUGGACAACAACGACUGUCCUCAGGAGAACUUCUGUUAUACUCCGGUCAUGAAGAAGAAAAUGCCCCACAUACACAAGGAGUUGCAUUGAUGCUGUCCAGAAAAGCACAAAAUGCACUUAUAGUAUGGGAAUCUCAUGGACCAAGGAUCAUCAAAGCCUCCUUCAAAACAAAGAGAUAGGGCAUUACAAUGAACGUCAUCCAAUGCUAUGCGCCUACCAACGACUACGAUGAAGACACUAAAGACCAAUUCUACGAUAGGCUGCAGUCGAUCUUCGAGAAGUGCCCAACCAAGGACCUGACCAUUCUGAUGGGAGAUCUCAAUGCUAAGGUUGGAAUGGACAACACUGGAUACGAAGACGUCAUGGGACAACAUGGACUGGGAGAAAGGAACGAAAAUGGUGAGAGAUUUGCAAACCUAUGUGCCUUCAAUAAACUGGUCAUAGGUGGCACCAUAUUCCCACACAAAGACAUACACAAAGCCACUUGGAUUUCACCGGAUCACACUACACAGAAUCAAAUCGACCAUAUCUGCAUCAACAAAAAGUUCAGGGGGACGAUGGAGGAUGUGAGAACCAGAAGAGGAGCUGACAUAGCAUCCGAUCAUCAUUUGCUGGUCGCC